CUCCCGAGCAGCAGACUGGAGUGUAUGUGUGCAUGUGUGUGUGUGUGAGUGUGUGUGCUCCGAGAGGAGCAGAAUCAUGGGCAGUGUUUUCACACAGAGGAAAGCCGAGUCUGAGAGAGGCGCAUAGGACCGAGAGUGGGAGUUCUCCGCACGCACUCACACACACUUCCUUCACUCGUGCACACCCACGCGUGGAAGCUCGCGUGGAGCACAGCUGUCAGGCUGGACGGGAAGGCAAGGACACCCACCUCACACGCACACACACAUGCGCGCACGCCCACAGAGACUCAGACCCUGGAGCGCACCAUGGUGGUCCAGGGAGCGGUGACGCCCGGGAGGACCCGCCGGCUGAUGCUGAAGCUGCCGGUGGGGACUCUGAGGAGGAACAGCGGGGACAGGAUGACAGAGGGGAGGCGAUGUCAGGUCCACCUAUUGGACGACAGGAAGCUGGAGCUCCUUGUACAGCCCAAAUUGAUGGCUAAGGACCUGCUGGACCUUGUGGCCUCGCACUUCAACCUCAAGGAGAAGGAGUACUUUGGAAUUGCAUACACAGAUGAAACGGGCCACUUUAGUUGGCUACAACUGGACCGCAGGGUGUUGGAGCAUGAGUUCCCUAAGAAGUCUGGUCCUAUUGUCCUUUACUUUUGUGUCAGGUUCUACAUUGAAAGUAUAUCCUACCUAAAGGACAAUGCUACCAUUGAAUUGUUCUUCCUUAAUGCCAAGUCCAUAAUAAACAAGGAGCUUAUUGAAGUAGACAGCGAGGUUGUUUUUGAACUGGCCUCCUACAUCGUACAAGAAGCUAAAGGUGAUUUUAGUAGUGAGGAUGCAACCAGGUCUGAUUUAAAAAGGCUGCCUGCUUUGCCCACCCAGGCUUUAAAGGAGCACCCAUCUCUGGCCUACUGUGAAGACAGGGUCAUAGAGCAUUACAAGAAGCUCAAUGGGCAGUCUAGAGGGCAGGCUAUUGUAAAUUACAUGAGUAUUGCAGAGUCUCUGCCCACAUAUGGAGUGCAUUACUAUGCUGUAAAGGACAAACAGGGGAUCCCAUGGUGGCUGGGUCUGAGCUAUAAAGGCAUCUUUCAGUAUGACUACCAGGACAAAGUAAAACCCAGGAAGGUGUUUCAAUGGCGUCAGCUGGAGAACCUCUACUUCAGAGAGAAGAAGUUUUCAGUGGAAGUUCAUGACCCCAGAAGUAGGGCGUCGGUAACAAGAAGGACAUUUGGCCACAGUGGUAUAGCUGUGCACACCUGGUACGCCUGUCCUGCACUCAUCAAGUCCAUCUGGGCCAUGGCUAUUAGCCAACAUCAGUUCUACCUGGACCGCAAGCAGAGCAAGUCAAAGAUCCAUGCAGCGAGGAGUUUGAGUGAGAUUGCUAUAGACCUCACAGAAACAGGAACUCUGAAGACAUCCAAACUGGCCAACAUGGGCAGCAAGGGCAAGAUUAUCAGUGGCAGCAGUGGAAGUCUACUCUCCUCAGGCUCUCAGGAGUCGGACAGCUCCCAAACUGCUAAGAAGGACAUGUUGGCAGCUUUGAGGGCCAGGCAAGAAGCUCUGGAGGAAACUCUGAAGCAGAGACUAGAGGAACUCAAGAGCAUCUGUAUUAGAGAGGCGGAACUAACAGGAAAGCUUCCUAAAGAAUAUCCUCUGGAUCCAGGGGAAGAGCCACCCACAGUGAGGCGGAAGAUUGGUACUGCUUUCAAACUGGAUGAGCAAAAAAUUCUUCCUAAAGGAGAGGAAGAGGAGUUGGAGCGUUUAGAGCGGGAGUUUGCCAUUCAGUCACAGAUCACAGAGGCAGCCAGGCGUCUUGCCAGUGAUCCUCACGUGAGCAGCAAGAAGCUGAAGAAACAAAGAAAGACUUCUUAUCUAAAUGCACUGAAGAAGCUCCAGGAAAUUGAGAACUCCAUCAACGAGUAUCGUGUCCGCUCUGGCAAGAAGCCAACGCAGAGGGCAUCGCUUAUCAUUGAAGAAGCCAAUAUUUGUUCUGAAGACAGCUCAUUAUCUGAUGCACUUGUCCUAGAUGAUGAUGAUCCUCAAGUUACAGGUACACCAACGUUCUCUCCUGUAGCAUCGCCUCAUAAAGGUCUCCCUCCACGGCCACCGUCUCAUAGCCGGCCUCCUCCUCCUCAGUCGCUGGACGGCCUGCGACACAUGCACUACACACGCUCUGACUAUGACAAGUCUCCCAUCAAACCCAAAAUGUGGAGCGAAUCAUCACUGGAUGAGCCCUACGAAAAAGUAAAGAAACGCUCAUCUCACUCCAGUCACAGGCGUUUUCCAAGUUCUGGCAGUGCCGAAGCAGGAGUUACUAACUCUCUUCAGAGCAGCCCUAACAAGAACAUGCCUCAGUGGAACUCUCAGUCCAGUAUGCCGUCGACACCAGACCUGAGAACCAGAACUCCACACUAUGUACAUUCCACCAGAUCAGUUGACAUCAGUCCCACACGUCUGCACAGUCUCUCUCAGCACUUUAGGAACCGCAGCUCCAGCCUUGAGUCCCAGGGCAAACUGCUGGCGUCUGAUUCAGAUGCACACCCGCACACCCUGGGUAGUCCGGACUUCUUCCUUGGUCCAGGCCGAGGCUCCAAUGGCUCUGACCCUCUGGAUGACUGUUCAUCCUGCACCAGCCAAAGUAGCUCAGAACAAUACUGCCCCUCCAGUGGACCCCCUGGCAGUAAUCCAAACUACUCUACUCUGGGAGAAGACUCACCCUCUAAAGCAAGACAGCGGCAGAGGCAAAGGCACAGGUCUGCAGGUAACUUAGGUUCCUCUAAUUCUGGCUCUAUGCCAAACCUGGCAGCUAAAAACGGCUCUGUUGGAGGCUCAAGUGGAGGUGGGAUGGGAGGGGGGCACCAAGGCGUCUACCUCCACAGCCAGAGCCAGCCCUCCUCCCAGUACCGCAUCAAGGAGUACCCUCUGUACGUAGAAGGCAGCACCAACGCUGUGGUGGUGCGCAGUCUGGAGAGCGACCAGGAGGGUCACUACAGCGUCAAGGCUCAGUUCAAGACCUCCAGCUCUUACACGGCCGGGGGGCUGUACAAAGAGGCCUGGGGCGGAGAGGAGGGAGGCGAGGGAAGCGGCCGGCUCACGCCAUCACGAUCGCAGAUCGUACGGACUCCAUCGUUAGGGAGGGAGGGUGGCGGUGGAGGAGGGGGGAGGGCAGCAGUGUCUGAAGAGCUGCGGUGUUGGUACCAGAGGUCUUCAGGGAGUCUGAGGGAAAGGAAUCACUCAAAUUCAGGAUCCACAUCUUCUGAGUCUGGGUCACAGCAAGGAACUUUGGGACAUGGUCGAGGGAGUAGAGUAGGGACACUCGCCAAGGGUUCACCAGCUGCAUCCCCUCACAACCAGAGGAGUCAGACCCCCUCCAGCGAGCACCCAGCCACACCCACACCCCCCUGCAGCCCACAGCACAUCCUCAACUGGAAGAGCGGGUAA